GACUCAGAGAGAGAGAGAGAAUCCCAUGCCCACGUGUUCUCCUCUCUCUUUAUAACCAUCCUAUUCUUGCCGCGUCACACUUCCCUAACCUGGGCCGUCGCAGAUAAAGAUUGUUCCUGAAUAGCCUCUUCUCUCCUUCCACGGAUUACCAAGAUUGUCCUUUCCCUGCACUUUUCGUCCUACCGGCUUCCCCCUUUUUCAUUCUGGUGAAUGGCUUAGGAUUACCCAUACCCACCACUCGCUCCCCCCUCCCUCUCUAACCCUCUGAGCUGUUACGAGUCGUUUUGACCCACUGAGAGAGGUGUUGCUGCUUCUUCUUCUUCAAUGUCGUCCAAGUUAUCGAAUAUAUAGAAUCCUAACCUCUCUGCCCGUGGGUUUUUGGAGGGUUCGUGGGAAAUGAAGUCCUCUCUGGGGAAGCUGCGGAGACUCGCGCUGCAGAAGAGCGAUGCCAAGGAUAAAUCACACUUUCUACCCUCGGCACACUUGGAUGAGAUCGCUCAGGCUGCUAGGGACAUGCAAGAGAUGAGAAAUUGCUAUGAUAGCUUGCUUUCUGCAGCUGCCGCUACUGCAAACAGUGCAUACGAAUUCUCAGAGUCACUGCGGGAGAUGGGUGCUUGUCUUGUGGAGAAGACCAUGUUACAUGAUAAUGAAGAGAGUGGUAACGUUUUGCUAAUGUUGGGGAAAGUGCAGUUUGAACUUCAAAAACUUGUUGAUAGCUAUCGUGGUCAUAUAUUAAUGACAAUUACAAACCCUUCAGAGUCUCUUCUCAACGAUCUUCGGACAGUUGAGGAGAUGAAGAUACAAUGUGAUGAAAAGAGAGAUGUAUAUGAAUACAUGAUGGCACACCAGAGAGAAAAAGGAAGGUCAAAAAGUGGGAAAGGUGAAAAUUUUACUGUACAGAAAUUGCAAGCAGCUCAUGAGGAAUAUAAUGAGGAGGCGUCCCAAUGCGUUUUCCGGUUGAAAUCCCUUAAGCAAGGGCAUUCUCGAAGUCUUCUAACACAAGCAGUUCGUCACCAUGCGGCUCAGUUGACUUUCUUUCGGAGGGGACUCAAAUCACUGGAGGCUGUUGAACCACAUGUAAUAUGUAUCACGGAACAGCACCAUAUUGAUUACCAGUUCAGUGGACUUGAAGAUGAUGAUGGGGAAGAUGGCAAAAAUGAUGGUGAGAAUAGCUAUAGCGCUAAUGAUGCUGGGGAAUUGAGUUUUGACUAUAGACCAAAUAAGCAGGGGCUUGAUGGUGUUUCCAUGCCAAAGACUUCAAUGGAGCUUAUUCCCCAGGUGGAUGAAAUGGGCCGGUCAUUUCCCCAGGCGUCGACCACAGAAAUUACAGAGAUGACUCUUGACAAAAACCAAGAGGAUGUCAGAGUCUCGAGUAGAGAACCUAGAGUGGGUAGCCAUUCAGCUCCAAUAUACGCUGAAAAAAAGUUUGAUCCGGUGGAAAAGUUAAAAAAUAUGAAGCCAGUAUCUACGCACACAUAUGUUCUGCCCACACCUGUUGAUAUAAAGGCUUCAAGUUCAUCAAGAGCAAGUAGUGCAAUUCCCCAGGCAAUGCAAAGUGGUCGCAUCCGGGAUUUCUGGUAUUCUUCCCCAUUGGAAGAUAAGAAGCAUGAGAAGGAUAAUGGCAAUGGUAGCUUGUCAGGGCAUACUAUCUUAAAAUCACAGUCGGUACUCAAGGAGAGCAACAGUAAUAUCUCCAUCGCACUACCCCCUCCUUUAGCACAUGGAGUUCCACUUCCACAGCUAGACGCAUUUAAUGCUUCAGAUACUAGAAAAAUCAAACGACAAGCUUUUUCAGGUCCAUUUGUUAGUAAGCCAGGGUCAACAAAGCCUUUUUUAUCUGCCAGUGGUCCCAUUGUGUCUACUGAAUUGCCCCAAGUAGUUUCUGGAAUGAUUUCUCGUUUGCCAAUUCCUCAGCCUUCUUCAUCUCCAAAAGUAUCCCCAAGUGCUUCACCUCCCCGUGUUUCUUCACCCAAGUUAAGUGAGCUUCAUGAGCUCCCUAGACCUCCAGGUUCCAAGUCAGCAGCAAUGUCUCCUGGUUUACUGGGUCACUCUGCUUCAGUGGCCAUCAGAAAUCAGGAGCCAUCUGGAAUUAAUAAAAUCCCUUUGGAGGCAUCAAUUGCAGCUUCUCCACUUCCAAUUCCUCCAUUAGUCGUCCCUCGGAGCUUCUCUACACCCUCAAGUAGUCAGAGAGCAAUGGCAAUUCAUGUUGCAAAGCUUUUAGAUUCUCCUCAAGUUUCCCUCUCAAAGCAUUAAGGCGGCAUCAACUGUUAAUGAAGUGGCCUCUGAGUCUAGUCAAAUCCGAGUAAAUGCAGGUGGAAGCUGAUUUUUCAUUUUGCAUGUGGGUCCGGUCGGCCUGGCAGAAGAUUGUUUUGGGCACUUAUCUUCAUGUUGGGUACGGUUUUUGUAAAUAUGAUGUUUUCUGCACUGUUUAGUUUCUCAUCUCAGUUCUUGUGCAUUGUUUUAUGUAAUUGAUAGUGAUGAGAACUAAACUCUACUCACUUGUGGGACUGUAAUGUCUCACUUACAUAUUCAAGUGAAGAAUUUGUCUCCCUAAUUGUUCUCCU